AUGCAGGUUCCUGAUGUGACGAGUGCUGGGGACUCUUUGACAUCGAACUGUGGUCCCGUGAAGCCCCAAGGCAUGCAGGAACUUUGUCCAGCUGUGCAUGGAAAGCUACUACAAUGGCCCAUCUUCCCCCGUGUUAUUCCAGGCUUCAUCGUUCAGGGGAGGAGAUCCAACAGGCACAGGAGAAGGCGGAAUCCAUUUAUGGAAAAGCCCUUUAGGGAUGAAUUCACUCGCGACUUGCGUUUUGUUUCGCCGGGCCUUGUGGCCAUGGCUAAUGCCGCCCUCUGUAACGCUCACAGUUCUUCUUUACUCUGGGCCAAUGUCCAGAGCUGGCAGACAGCACACAAUCGUUGGCAAGGUGACAGGAACACUCCUCUACAACUUGCCUAG